AAAGCUGAGUGCCAUUCUCACAUGAGCUGUCAGUUUCCCUUAGUUUGUCUAUUUUAAGCUCAAAUCGUGCUCUGAGAACGCAAUACCACUCAUUAAAAUGCAUUACUGUCUGCCAAGAAUCUGUACUCUACAAUUUGGUUAUAUUAGCUGUAGUCUUGUGGGUGCACACAAGAAAACUAUUUGGAGUAAAUUGAAGACAUAAAGUAUGCCAUUCGUGGAAGGGAAAUUCAACUCCUUGCUUGUACGUUGGUGCUCAGAUUUUGUAUGGUGCUGUUUACGUGAAAGCUUCUGGUUGCUGCUUGAUAUAGGAUAAGAUACAAUCAAAAUGGAAUAAAGCUACAUGAGAGGGGGAAAAUAAAAAACUUUGCUUUUGGUUCUCAUUUUGCCUUUCCAUAAUUUAAAGCAAGAAAUUCACUAUGCAUGAUGCACAUAAAAACAUCCCCAAAGGCCCUUGUUGUCUCUCAUCAUUGCAAUUCUUCUCUGAAUUCUAAGGAACUUUGGAUUGGUUAAAAAACCAAGUAGCCAUGGGUACCAAGAUCUUUACUCUCCAUACUCUUAUCCUACUAUUCAUCAUCCCAACUAUGGCAAAAUCAGUAGAUUUCAACUAUCCAGCAGUUUUCAACUUUGGUGAUUCAAACUCCGACACAGGUGACCUUGUUGCUGCCUUUGGCAUCCUCCUUGAAUCACCUAAUGGACAGAGUUACUUCAAAACUCCAUCAGGGAGGUUCUGCGAUGGCCGUCUCAUUGUUGAUUUUUUGAGUAAUAACACACUCCACGAUUCAACAUUGCCAAUGGCAGCCCAGAAAAGGUGUGCCCUCAAAAUAAUAUUCACUGUAAUAUCCAUUUCCAUCUUCUUUUCUCUAGCACACUCCAUAGACUUUGAUUUCCCUGCUGUUUUUAACUUUGGCGAUUCAAAUUCUGAUACUGGUAACCUUAUUUCUGCUGGAAUCGAAAGCAUUAACCCACCUUAUGGCCAAUUUUACUUCCAAAAACCUUCUGGAAGAUACUGUGAUGGUCGUCUCACUAUUGAUUUUCUCUUGGAUGAAAUGGAUCUGCCAUUCCUAAAUGCAUAUCUGGAGUCAACUGGAUUACCAAAUUUUCGAAAAGGAUGUAACUUUGCAGCUGCAGGAUCUAAAAUUCUUCCAGCAACUGCAUCAUCUGUAAGCCCAUUUUCACUGGGAAUUCAAGUCAAUCAGUUCCUUCGAUUCAAGGCCCGAGCUCUUGAAUUGCUAUCCAAAGGUAAGAAAUUUGAAAAGUAUCUCCCAGCAGAAGAUUAUUUUGUGAAGGGGCUCUACAUGUUCGAUAUAGGGCAGAAUGAUCUUGCUGGUGCAUUUUAUUCCCGUACAUUUGAUCAAAUAGUUGCCUCAAUUCCAAGUAUUUUGGUAGAAUUUGAAGCUGGAAUUCAGAGACUACAUGAUCAAGGAGCAAGGAACUUUUGGAUACACAACACAGGUCCUCUUGGAUGCUUGACUCAGAAUGUUGCCAAAUUUGGAACUGAUCCAUCAAAGCUUGAUGAGCUUGGAUGUGUCAGUGGGCAUAACCAAGCAGCUAAACUAUUCAAUCUUCAGCUUCAUGCUCUCUGCAAGAAACUUCAGGGCCAAUAUGCUGAUUCAAAUAUCACAUAUGUUGAUAUCUAUACAAUAAAAUCUAACCUUAUUGCAAACUAUUCUCGAUAUGGAUUUGAGCAACCUAUAAUGGCUUGCUGUGGCUACGGAGGACCACCAUUAAACUAUGACACUCGUGUUAACUGUGGGCAAACAAAAGUUCUUAAUGGGACCACAGUCUCAGCCAAAGCAUGCGAUGAUAGUACAGAGUAUGUGAAUUGGGAUGGAAUUCAUUAUACAGAGGCUGCAAAUCAGUAUGUUUCAUCACAGAUACUCACUGGAAAAUAUUCUGAUCCACCUUUCUCAGAUAAAAUGCCUUACGUGCUGAAUAUCAAGUUCUAAAGAGCUAAUUUGCUUACUCCAUUGUAAUUAUUCAUUCAUUUCUACUUUGAUGGCUGAAACUAAUUUCAAGCCAUAGAUAAUAUUAUGUUCUGACAAGUUCUCUACUUAGUGACUGGAAGUUAAUACAGAGAAUGAAAUUCCAAUAUUAUUACACA